AACCAACCAGAACCACUUAAACCAGAACCAACCAGAGAGAGACAAAGUCAAGGAAGGAAGGAUGAGCUCAGUACAACUCGAGGAGGGUGAAGUAGAGGAUAACCGACUCAACACCAGACUCUCAUCAUCACCAACCAACAACAAAAACAACAACAACAGCAACAACAACAACAAUAAUAAUACUAACAACCUAACCAUCUCACCCUCAUCAUCAACCAAUAGUCACCACUUCAACUCAUUACCACCCAAACCACCAACCGAUCUAUCAAAGAUCAAGACGGCCAUCAACCCAAAUGCCAUCAACGCACUCAGCAGGCCAAUCCACCGAUCUCCCAACAACCGCAACAGAUCUCCAGUCGGCAGAUCAAACUAUCGUCCAACCGACUACCCUUCCAACAAUAACACUCACAAUAACAACAACCGACUCAACAAUCAUCUCUCACCCAGUUCAUCCAGAUCUCACCAUUCACCAGCCCAUCAAUCACGUCCACCCGAGUCUGACUCGAUCAAACCAACCUACCUUUCACCAGAUCAGAACAGACGCCAGACUCGUAACCCUCGCUCCAAUCGAUCUCACUCACCCUCACUCUCCCCAACUCACUCAGCCUCCAGAUCUCGACAAAGAAAUAGAUCAUACUCUAGAGAGUCUAGCAUCAAUCAUCAUCAUCAUCACCCUUUCAAGAAUCGCCGCUCAAAAUCUCCCAGACCAUCACCAUCCAGUCAUUCCAUCUCACGUCACACUCGCAACCACCAUCGAUCACCCUCAAUCUCACGCUCCCCCUCAAGAUCACAACAACCACCAAACAAACGACAACGUCCACUCUCCCCUUCCCCACUACCAUCCAGCCAUCCCACUCAAACAACCGAUCGUCCGAUCAAUCCAUCGCAAAAAGAACUACCCUCAUCCCCCUCAAAACCUCAAAACGAAGGAUCAUUUGAUAUCCAACCUUCAAAUCGCAACCAUCACGAUCAUAUCCUUCACCCCCCACCUAGCACACAGGCUCAAUCGAACCCACAACUCAGCAGUCUACCAACAACACAACUGGUCCCGUCCAGUCAGGAAUUGCUUGAAAAUAACUUGACUCGGAGUUAUUCCAACGACCCUGAGAACAGUCAAGACCCAUCGUCAAACCCUUCCAACCAUCCCAGAUCCAUAUUCCAAAAUUACCAACCUACCUUCUUUUUUUGCCAAUCACCCAAAUCACGCGUCAAUCCUGAACCGUCACUCACCAAAGAGAAUGGAGACUCAAGCCAGGAGAUAACUCGAACUGAAUCAUCCCAAGUCGAGCCAGUCAGUAAUGGAACCACCAAGAAAUGCUUCGUCGGAGUAUCAAGCAUCAGAUCGUAUGAAUUAGUUGAAAAAUUAGGUGAAGGAACUUUUGGUGAAGUCUUCAAGGGUAUCUACCGAGGUCGGUUGUACGCACAACAGCAGAAACUGCAAGCAUCAGCUCAGAACACCCUACGCGAUGGCUCGGAAUCGUGUGAUGAUGACUUCGAGACGGACGAUCGGCUCAUUGAAACCAAGAGUAAAGUCAAGUCCGGGAUGGUCGUGGCCUUGAAGAGGAUCAUUGUACAUAAUGAGCUGGAUGGACUACCAAUCACCGCCCUCCGAGAAAUCCGAAUAUUGAAAUCUUUAGACCAUCCCAACAUAGUCCCUGUGAUCGACUUGGCGUUUUCAAGAGGCGACAAGAAUCUCUUGAAACGAGGUAAUACCUAUAUGGUCUUUCCUUACAUCGAUCAUGAUCUUGCUGGCUUGAUGGAGAACAAAUCGAUCACGUUUAAUGUCAGUCAAAUCAAGCUAUAUUCUAAACAGUUGUUGUUGGGUACUGCUUAUUUACAUCGGAAUAAGAUCUUACACCGAGAUCUCAAGGCGGCCAAUCUGUUGAUCUCCAAUGAGGGCCAACUGAUGAUUGCCGAUUUCGGCUUAGCUCGGUCGAUCGAACAGCAACAUAAUAACAAGAAACGUGAAUACACCAACUGUGUGGUUACCAGAUGGUACAGACCGCCGGAAAUUUUACUCGGCAAUCGAAGGUAUGGGACUCCCGUCGAUCUCUGGGGCGUCGGAUGUGUGAUCGCAGAAAUGUUCAAAGGCGGGCCGAUCUUGACCGGUUCUACUGAUGUCAACCAAUGUGAAUUGAUCUUUCGGCUUUGUGGUAGUCCUACUUCAGAAUCUAUGCCUGGUUGGGAAAACCUUCCAGGCUGCGAGGGUGUACGUUCGUGGACUAGCAAGCCCAGGAGAGUUCGGGAAGAGUACGAGCGGAUAUCUCCCGAACUCGCAGACCUACUUGAUCAUCUACUUGUACUUGAUCAUUCGAGGCGAUUGACGGCGGAAGAGGCGUUGGAUCAUGACUGGUUUUGGACUGAUCCGAUGGCAAUUGACCCUGCAAAACUGCCUCAUUACGAACCCUCGCAUGAAUACGAUCGACGCAAAAAGCAAGAACAAGCCAAAAAGACCCACCAACAUCAACUUGCGUCUUUCACCGAGAUUCAAGGGACAUCUUCAAUGGUGCCAAACAAAAUCAAUGGAAGCCAACCAGCUGCGAAGCCCCACAGACUUCCACUGCCCGCUUCUAACUCGAGACCUCCCCCAGCGUUCUUGAACGAGAAUCCUUUUCCUUCGGAUCCAUUCAAACAUCCAAUCGGACCUCCCAACCCCGGAAACCGAAUAGUUGCCGAUCCAGGUCCACCGCCUCCGUUCCAUCGCGCCGGUCUAAACCACGCCGUGAAUCCAUACAGUUCUCAAGGGUCGAGUGUAAUGAUGAACCAGAACGAGGGGAGGGGUGAUGGUGAUCACCGGCAGCAACCCCACAGCUCGUCUCGCCGGAUGAGGCCGGAGCCGAAUCGGGGUGGGCCCAUGGGUUCCCACCCCUAUCCGGGUCCACCGCCGAACCUUCCUGGCGGGCAGGCCCCACCUCUGGGGAAUUCGGCACCUUCGAUCGCAAGCUAUGGACACGCCUCGCUGCCCUCUCGACCUGUGACGAGCUUCGACAGGGGUCCGCACGACCCGAUGCGGCUACCGAAGCCUGGCCCACCGAUGUCGAUGAUCGGUGGGAUGAACGGCGCGAUCGGGGGGAUGCCGCCCGGGCCACCUUACGCACAUUCCCAUGGACUUUCUGGCCACCCAGAGCCGUAUGCAUUAGGCCCACCGCCCCCAAUGUUACCCGAGCAUGGGUCCCCAGACGAGCGCGGACAGCGAGGAGAGCCGUUUCCAAAGAUGGGCUACUCAGCCCCUCUAUCCAGUGGUCAACCGAUCAGGGACACAUACGGCGGCGGAGGAGGGUUCCGAGGACGAGACGGAGGCAGGGCGGAUGGUAGGUUCAGAUCGAGCCAUGACCGAUGGACUCCCGAGCCGAACUCGCAGCUUGGUGGGCCUCCACCACCCGGCAUCAGCCCCUACUCCAACGGGAGGUCUGGAGAUCGUCGACAGGCAGGAAGAGGAGGUGAGCGACGGUUCAGGCAUGGUGGCGGAGGUCCUCCCGCAGCUAACGGGCCACACGACGGACGGGAAAACUUCCAAUACAAUAAUAAUCCAGCUACUCCUCGCAACUCUAGCAGCCAGUACUAUGGUCCCCAGAACGGCCCCUCCGGCGGAAGUCCUCCCAACCCAUACAGCUCUUACACCUACCCUCCGCCAGGCGAACCGAUGGCCACACCGACUUCCAACCCCUUCAGCCAUCCUGCGAACAACAGUAACAGCAACAACAAUGGGCGGGGGGCUCAUCAGAACGGCCAUCCUAAUCAACGUUGGGAGAACAAGCCCAACACAUCCCUCGACUUCCGCUCCCCUCCAAGCCACAACAACAACCCGUACAACCACCACCACCCCCAUCAUCCACACCAUCAACCCCAUCUCCCACUCAGUCCGCCUAACCUUCCCCUCCACCACCACCAUCCUCAUCCUCAUUCUCCACCUAAUGGUAACGGGGCUGCAGGUGGCCCGUCAUUCUACAAUGGCAACGGGACUGCAGGUGGCCCGUCAUUCUCUGAUGAACCUCGCUUAGAAUACUAACCAUUCUCCUUCUCCUGGACUUUUGCUACUCAAAAUUCAAGUUCUGCUAUCCCACCCUUGUUCACACUUUUUUGUUGCUCGCUUUUCUUGACGUCUGUCAUGCUCUCCCUCACUCCUCCCCCACUCUCUCAAUCCCUUCUGUCCUCUUUAUCCCCUCCCUUUUUUUGGGAAUCGACAUUAUCAAAAAUCGUAGAUGCUCAACAUCUAUAUUCCUCCUUCUCUUUUCUCUCUUUCUCUCUCUAGUCUGUCUCCAUAUAUAUAUAUAUACAUAUAUUUCUUACUUCUUCUUUUUUGGUUUUUAGAAAGUAGACAGAUUUGUUAAAAAAUGG